AUGGGACCUGGGACUGAUGUGUGGCCUCAUUGUACCUCAUUGGAUAAUGGGUAUUCAAGGGAAUGCAUGCCUGCUAUGAUAGAAGAUGAGGAGCCUGAUGAUGAUUUGGAUAAUGUCACCCAGCCAAACUAUGCUAAGCCUCCCAGAAAUGGCCCACCAGUGCGACAUAGUAUCAGCGAGGCUUUAUUGGUUGACACCUCUAAUUUGGUGAGUAAAUCUACCCACACGCCCUUUUUGGACAAAAUUUCUGGGCCGGAUUCACCACAGGAUUUAAGUUCUGCAUCUUUACCUGCAUUUCGCUCAGGAAGCUGUUCUGAGAUAGGUCCAAAACCAUAUAUGGAGGAUGAAUUUAUCUGUGUCGAUGAUCUUCAAGAACAUUUAGAUGCAAAACUGGAUCUUCCUUUGACUGGAGCAUUUUAUGGGGUGUUUGAUGGGCACGGUGGAGUUGAUGCGGCAUCAUUCACGAAGCGAAACAUUCUGGAGUUUAUCGUCGAGGACUCUAAUUUCCCAAAUGGGGUGAAGAAAGCUGUCAAGAAUGCUUUUGUCAAAGCAGAUCAUGCAUUAGCAGAUACUAGUUCUUUGGAUAAUUCAUCUGGAACAACUGCUUUGACUGUUCUUAUAUUAGGAAGAAAUAUGAUUAUUGCUAAUGCUGGCGACUCAAGGGCCGUUCUUGGAAAGCGAGGAAGAGCAAUCGAACUCUCUAUCGACCACAAACCGAGCUCCACAUCAGAGAAAAAACGGAUUGAAAAACUAGGAGGCGUGAUUUACGAUGGUUACCUCAACGGUCAGCUAUCUGUGGCACGGGCACUGGGAGACUGGCACAUGAAGGGACCAAAAGGCUCGGCUUGCCCGUUAAGCGCGGAGCCGGAGUUAAAAGAGGUGACCCUAACCAAAGAAGACGAGUUUCUGAUACUUGGGUGUGAUGGUUUGUGGGAUGUGAUGAGCAGCCAAUAUGCUGUGACAAUAGUAAGGAAAGAACUUAUGGUUCACAAUGAUCCUGGAAAAUGUUCUAGAGAACUUGUUAGUGAGGCUUUAAAAAGGAAUAGCUGCGAUAAUCUAACGGUGGUCGUCGUUUGCUUCUCGUCGGAGCCGCCACCGAAGAUCGAAGUACCGAAAUCGGAGAAGCGGAGGACCAUAUCGGUUGAAGGAUUGGAUGUUCUCAAAGGUGUUUUGCAUCAUAUUUGAACGUUUGCUGCAAAUUAUUGAUGGAAUUGGCAUGUGUUUGUCUAAUAAAUAAUGGA